AUGGUGAGUGACAGUAUCUAUACUUUCGAGGACGAAAGUCCUUUUGUCGAGAGAGAAGAGAGUCAUGAGAUCUAUCGAGAGAUCUAUGGCGAUCCGAUUUAUGAUGUUUAUGAAGAUGAUGAGAUCUACAGAGAAAUCUGUGGUGAUCCCAUCUAUGAUACUUAUGGUGAUGAUGAUGUUUUGAACAUUGAUCAUAUUGAUUUUGUGUUCAAGCAUGAUGGCUUUAGGAAAACUGCGCAAAAUCCGGUUCAUGCAGAUCUAGAGCAGAUUUUUAUUACUUCAAAGAAGUUUGAUUGCAAGGAUGGAUCUAGGAAGAUUGAUUUGGUGCCAAGAACACGGUUGAAGAUUCGAGGACGAAUCUUUGAGAUCUACAGAGAAAUCUGUGGUGAUCCCAUCUAUGAUACUUAUGGUGAUGAUGAUGUUUUGAACAUUGAUCAUAUUGAUUUUGUGUUCAAGCAUGAUGGCUUUAGAAAAACUGCGCAAAAUCCGGUUCAUGCAGAUCUAGAGCAGAUUUUUAUUCCUUCAAAGAAGUUUGAUUGCAAGGAUGGAUCUAGGAAGAUUGAUUUGGUGCCAAGAACACAGUUGAAGAUUCGAGGACGAAUCUUUCUUGGCCGGCGAGACCUGAUGCAGCGUGAUAUUUGGAAUAUCUCCAAAUAUCUUAAAUAUCUAUAUUUUUUGUAUUUAGAUAAAUAA